GAAGCCCUACCGACAUUCAGUAGCCGCCAACGUCCGUCAACGUAUUCACCAAUUAAUAAGUCCAGUUUUAAUUUCAUUUGAAUUUAACGCAAAACCAAAACAAAAACACAAAUCAGCAACAACAUGAAGUGCACACUCUUCGUUUUCGCCAUCAUCGCUUUGUUGUUGAGCAUCGCCAGCGUACAAGCCGUUGACAAGUCGGCUUGCUCACAACCGCGUGAAAUCGGUCCCUGUCGCAAGGCCGAUCCGAAAUUCUUCUACAACAGCGAAUCGAAGGCCUGUGAGGACUUCCUCUAUGGCGGUUGCAAGGGCAAUGACAAUCGUUUCGACAGCAAAGAGGAGUGUGAGAAAACUUGCCUUUAAGUGAUGUUGCAUUCGCCAAAAAAGUGUGGUUAUCGAUUAAUUUUAAAUCGAUAAUCAUCACAUAAGGCGAUGUUUAAUUGUUGAUCUUGUAAAUAUUACAUGAGUAUUUGUUGUCGUAUGAUUAUUAUUUUAUGCUUUAUACAUAUGUAAAUAAAUGGAAUUGCGCAACUCUAUGUGAAAAAUAUA